AACCCAGAGGCUUAUCUAGACAUGAAGGAUGAAAUAGCUGCCACGGUCUUCUUCAUCACACGCUUAGUGAAGAAGCACAACGUGCUGACUAAGCAGCAAAUGGAGAGGUUUGCGUCCAAGUUGAUGGCAGCUAUGUUUGAGAUGUACAAGAGCCACUGGUACCCUGACAAGCCUUCAAAAGGGCAAGCCUUUAGGUGUAUAAGGAUAAACCAGUUCAACCCAAGAGACCCUCUGCUAGAGCGGGCAUGUUUGGAGAGCAACGUCGACUUCAGCAGCCUUGGAUUACCAAAGGAGAUGACCAUUUGGGUCGAUCCAUUUGAUGUAUGCUGCAGAUAUGGGGAGAAUAACCAGCCUUUUACAGUGGCUCACUUUGAAGAGGACAAAAAGGACCACGAUGUCCCUCAGCAAAUCAGGCAGGCUGUGGAUAAGGCAGAGGCCCUGGACUGCCCCUCCAGCAUCUGCUCUGAUGAGGAGGGAGCCACUGUCGAGCCCCAAAACAUCCCCACUGUGAGCAACCCAAACAGCGUCUACCAGUGCCAUGAGCCAUUUCAGCUAUGGUCCCAGUAUCCUCGGCGAAAGCUUCAUGUACCUGAUGGAUCCCACCAGCAUCCCACCAGUACAUGCUGCCUUCAGUGCAAGGGCUACAAAGUCUGUCGGCCGUCAUCCACCUUCACUGGUCCACGAGUAGACAGAUACCACUGGGUCAACUCCAAUCGAUAAUGAUGGACAGCACCUCCCCACUAAGGCACUGGGGAAG